AUGAUCAACCGGAUCUCACGCCACAAAGGUAUUCUUGGUACAAUGGUGUUCAACCAUGAUGGAAUUGCAAUUAAAUCAAGUCUCAACGAAACAACAACAAACUUUUGGGGUUCGCAAAUAAAAGAUAUUAUCAAGAGUGGUUGUGAAGUUGGAGAAGCAUUUGAAGAAGGAAAUAUUUUGGCAAUGAUUCGAAUUCGUUCGAAAAAGUAUGAAGUUUGUUUUGUACCUGAAAAAGAUUUUAUUUUAAUAACAAUUCAUGAACAAGUUGAUGAAAAUUAA